CUUAGAAAAAUUCUCCCGCCAAUCAUAUAUGUAUGUAUUCAUUUUUCCAGUUAUAAUCUAGAAACUACGACCAGCUUUCAGUUUACUAGUGGCCCUGAAUUGAAGAGAUCGAUGGAUCUGUUUCACAUAUUCCUAAACAUUGUUUCUGUUAUUAUAUCAAUCAUCUCUUUCAUCUUCAUCUUGCCUGUACUUUCAUUGCUCCGCAUCUUGAAGUUUUGCACCCGAUCUGUAUACCAAGAAAACCUCACCGGAAAAGUUGUGCUUAUUACAGGAGCUUCUUCUGGUAUCGGCGAGCAUUUGGCGUAUGAGUAUGCAAAACAUGGAUCGAGUUUAGCGUUGGUUGCGAGAAGAGGAGAACUGCUAGAGGUGGUUGCCAGAAAAGCUAAGGAGCUGGGAGCGGCGGAGGCAAUCGUUAUCAAGGCCGAUGUUUCGAAGCGUCAGGAUUGCGAGAGAUUUGUCAAUGAAACGAUUAACCGUUUCGGUAAAUUGGAUUGUCUUAUAAACAAUGCUGGGAUCAUAAUACCUGGUCUUUUUGAAGACCAACGAUGCAUCACUGAUUAUGCUUCAAUCAUGGACGUAAACUUUUGGGGAUCAGUUAAUGCCACACAAUUUGCACUUCCACAUCUUAGAAAGAGAAAAGGGAGAAUAGUUGUGAUCGGGUCUACGGGUGGAUGGUUUAAUGUGCCAACAAUGAGUGUGUAUAAUGCAAGUAAGGUAGCACAACAAAGCUUCUUUGAAACACUACGAGUUGAGCUUGCUCCGGACAUCGGGAUAACAAUGGUAACUCUCGGGACAGUCACUACACCGUUAGCUAAUGAUGAUUUCUUAAAUGAGGCAAAUAUACAAUGGGUGCCAAUAUACCCAGUUGGAGAUUGUGCCAAGGCAAUCGUGAACAGUGUGAGACGUGGAGAUGAAUACUUGACUGAGCCUCCAUGGAUGCGAUCAGUCUUUUUGUGGGUAAUGUUUUUUCCGGAGAUAUGGCACGCAGCCCGCCGCCUCUUGUUGGUGAAUCGUCAGAAGGCUUCAUCACAAAUGUGGAAAUCAUGCAAUAAUGGUUCACUUUAAACCCUGGAUCAUAUACAUGAUUUUAUAUACUCAUCAAGUAUAUGGUAUGAAAACCAUUAAAUAAAUAAAAGAGCAUCCAAAUUAAACAUCUCAUUAAUUAGUAAUAUUUUCGUUUCAAAACAUUUUAAAAACCAUAUAUGGAUAUGUGCAUGUAUGGAGAUAAUAUAUUGCUCAUGAUAAAUUAAGGUAAAUUUUGUACU